AUGUCACUACCCGACGAAAUCUACCUGGAAAUCUUCUCUUAUCUACCAAAGCACCAUCUACGUCCAGUGCUGCAAACAUGCCGCACUUUUACAAGACUUGUGAAGCCGCUCGUGUUCAAAACGCUUCAUCUGGAUGGCAACGCUCAAGAAGGGAAUAUAGUGGCUGAAUGGAAGCCAGGAGUUAUUCGGUUUUGUCCAGGCCGUUCACGGACCACAGAAUUGGCUUCUUUGAAGGAUACAGUGGAUGAGCUCAUUGCAUUCGACAUUCUGCGACAUGUGCGCAAGCUCAACUUCAGUCCGAGAUACUACGUGGAAGGGUUCUGGUCGAGCUUUCGUCAAUGGCUCCAGAGAUCAGACGUCCAGGAAGACUUCCGUAAAACGUUUGAAGUGAGUGAUACUGGAAGCGAUGAUGGAGAGUGCUAUAGAGCCCGUCGCCUCGCUUUAGCACCACUUGCCAGACCUGAGGUGCAACAGGAGUUGAUCGUAAAAGCAGAAUCUGUAUGGACAGAAAAGGUGGCUCAGCAGCGUGAGAACGCGGAAGAGAAUCUAGCGGCUUUGGUCAAGCUGUUUCUGCAUAUGCCCAAUCUGAAAGGCAUCGAGAUUAGAGUGUGGAGCUUCGAUCUAGGCGAGUAUGGCUUCCCAGGCUCUGCAGAGAGGAUCCGCAGCUUCCUGGUCUUCAACGAGGUCGAAACGUUUAGCCACGAGUUGGGCGAACAGUUCGGUGGCUGCAGCACGAUAUGGAAGCAUCUUGAACUGCUAAGCUCCGCAGUACAACUGGCGAAGAUCCGUAUUGCAAGUCUAUCUAUUUCCAAGAUUGACUUGUUCACCCUUAAAACAAAUCACGCCUUGGAGAAUCUUUUCAGCUCUUUGGCUGGUCUUUCUCUCAACGUUGAGAAUUCUCGUCUGACCCGAGACGCUGUUGAAAACAACGAAGCAUCGCCCUUUGCCGCAUUGCUUCGUCGCGCAUCGCAGAACCUAGAGAACCUAGAAUGCGGCAACGUCACCACGUGGAAUUGCGACAUACCGAACUACAAAAACCCACUCCUCAACCGGCUAUUCGGUGGAUCUUAUAUCUCAGGUCCAGCGGAUACGGCUCCGUUAGUUUUCCCAGCGUUGAAGACGUUGAAGCUUCGAGAUGUUGAAGUCGACGCGGCAUACCUGAUCGACUUUGUCUCUCAGCAGCCAAAACUACAGUACGCGCACUUCGACUUGGUUGGUCUAACCUCCGAACGUUACUUGUGGGGUGAUGUCGCUGAACACCUACCACCAUCGUGCAAGAAACUCUAUAUCGGCAAUUGUGGCCACGGCACGUUUGACCCAGACACGCCCGUUGUCGGUGGCAAGGGCAGAGCAUUCUUUCCCUACGUAGAAGGUUUCCCAGCUACAUCAGAUUGGACAGUGGAUGAGUCUUUCCUUGAUCAAGAGAUGGAUGACCAUCUGGGGUCAGGGCCGCCAGGCGCACCCCCUGGAUCGGGCGGACGGUAUGCGUAUGCGACUACGGCGAGGGAGGAAAUGAGGGCCCAGUAUAUAACGUUGUACCAGUGCGCGGUGUUUCGGAGAUCUUGA